UCCAACUUUAUUAUGUAAGACCUCACAAAAAAGAAACUGAGCUCAGUUGUCAAUUUUCAACCAUAUUUUCAUCAUUUUCAGGUGAUUUAUUUCACGAGAGAUUCCCUUACAUCGCACACAUAUUCGAAGUUCCGGUUCUGCGAGUGAUGACAUUCUUCUACAUGGCAGGGAUUAUGUGCAACAUUGUUUUAACUGCAAUAUUUUUUUAUAUACAUUGGGAUUUUCGCCUUUUGGUUGAAAAUGGAUUCAUGCUCAUCACAUUCUGCUUCGAUUUGAUGAUGAUGUCUGAAGCAAUGUUCACGUCUGAAGAUCAUUUUCCAUUGGAGGAAUUGAAGAAAGUUAUGUGGUCAUUUAGUGAUGCCGAACCACGGGUUUUUCAGCGAAUUCACAAUGAUAUACAAUUUCUCAGAUAUAUGAGAAUUUUUAUAACAGUAAUACUUGUAUGCUGUGCAUUAUUCGUUUUUCCUAUAACUGGUGAUUUGAGGGAGUUCGUCUGCAUCUUCUAUUUGUUCGAUGAUAUCAAAAACCGUUUUUGGUAUCCUUAUUUUGAAUUUUUUAUCCUUAUUAUGAAAAUGGUUUUAACUUUAACUUUUUCUUGUCCUAUUUUUAUUAUGCUAACCGUCGUUCAGGAUAAUGCUUAUAGCUUGAUGCUCUUAAGGCAGAAAAUCAGAUCUAUUGAAGAAAUAUUUGGAACGAAAGAAAUGUGGUUCCAGGAUAGAGCAUACCAGAGAUAUGUAGAAGUAACUUUGAAGAGAAGUAUCGAUGAACAUAUAAACAUUAAAAGGUAUAAUGAAAUAAUUGCCAGGAUCAUCAAGAGGGAAACUCCUGCCAUCUUCGUGAUUGGGGUUCUCUUGUUCACAACCUUCUACUUUAGUGUGAAAAUGAAUAUGAACAACAUUGUUUUGAUGAAGUCCCUGUUCAUUGUUAUGUUGGUAAUAUUAUUCACUUAUCUGUUCAUCAAAGUUGGCCAACUCCUUAAAGAUGAGUCGGAAGACCUAUACCAGGACUUGUGUGAAUGUCCCUGGUUCUUAUGGAACAAACACAACAAAUCUCUGUAUCUGAUGUUCUUAAUCAAUUCUAAGAAAUCUUUAGCUGUUAAUUCUUUGAAUAUUGACUUGGAUUACAGUCUUAUAGUGCGAUUGGCUAAGACUACUAUGUCCCUUCUGACAGCGCUACAAGGAUUGAUUGAAUAAAGCUGCUCUACAAACUCGAAUGAGUCAGGGAAGGAAUGGAAAGAAAUUUUAGUUCACCUCUAGUUCGUUGAAGUCAAAUUUAGUCAAAUUGUAGUCGAUUGAUUUAUGAUUAGCUUCUGAAUUGAUAGAAUCUAAACCACAUUAAGGAAAAUCUACUAAUGUCCUUAGUCCUUAGAUAUAAACUGUACAUUAUGACGAUUGAAAUUGAAUUAGUUUUAUUUAUUUGAAUGAACAAUGGUAAACUUAG